CUGUGACACUAUUCCUCCAUAGACCUUGGCUUGAGAAUCAACAUGGAGGACGAAGAUGACUUUUACGGCACAGGAGAGGGAGGGCAAGACGCCAAUGCGCACGAGACACCGGCGGAUGAAGGUGACGAUGUAAAAGACGAGAAAAUGGACGAGGAGCUUGAGGAAGGCGAAGAGGAAGAGUCAGACGAUUCGGACAUCGACAUCAUAACAGAGCGCAAAGAUAAUGCCGAACCUGCACCUCCACGGAAUCAAUAUCAGUCAAUUAAACAGGAUCCACGGCCGUCGUCAACAGACGUGGCUUCAAGAGGCGGACAGCAAUCGACAGCUAGCAGAAUAUCUACGGCGCCAACACCGGUAGCGUCGCAAAAGCUGCGAGAUGGCUCAAAGUUUCCUGAGGUACAUACCUCGACUGUGAAUGUCGAAGCAGAUCCUAUGUAUGAGCCUGCUGGAAAGCCUAUAUCGCAGGUUGACCUUGAUGCGGACAUGGCCGAGCAUACGAAGCCAUGGCGUCUUCCAGGCAGUGACCAAAGCGAUUACUUCAAUUAUGGCUUCGACGAAUUCACAUGGGCGUCCUACGUCAUCCGACAGCAAACUAUGGCGAACCAACUUGUCAGCCAAAAAGCAGAAACUGCGCAAUUCCAACAGAUGUUUGGGGGUGGUAUGCCUGGCAUGCCAGUGCCCCCGGCAGCACCUGCUGCUCCCCAAGGAGGGGGCGGAGGACCGCCUGCGGGCAUGCCGGGAAUGCCCAGCGAACAAGAGAUGAUGCAAAUGGCACAGAUGAUGAUGGCGAGCGGGCAGGACCCUAGCUCAAUGGACUUUGGCACAUUCAUGCAGCAAUUUGGCGGCGGCGGUGGUGGUCAAGGCCAAGGCCAAGCUCAGGGCAAUUAUGGAAACCAGAAUUACCAAAACCAAGGCUCAGGACAGAACGCUGGCGGUGGUGGCGGCAAUUUUGGAGGCGGUAGAGGGAGUCGAAGAGGGGGUAGAUGGAACUGAAGGUCUCCAUAACUGCAUGGGAGGCGUUGGGAGGUUGUCACAAAUAUGCCAGGUUUGACACGGUAUGUAAAAGUAAUCGAGACACUAUGAGCAGCUCCGGAUACCCCAUUGAUGUACAUGGUUUGAGGGGGACUCGCUACGAGCCUCCACAAGGCUUGAUAUACACGAUUAACAUGCUGCACCGAAGAAACCGUUCAUAUGUUCCACUUCAUACGCCCCUGUACAACUAUCAUAUAGUCUUAUCGGUGGUUACUCGUUCAAGCAUGCCCAUGACGAGGAUUCAGCU